AUGCAGUACGUAGAUGUCAUUAUCGCUUCGAUAACGUCAUUUGGCCGGCUGACUGUCGCCAAUGUUGGUGUGAAGAUCGUCUUGAACACUGCGCAAAACUACAUGAUGGGACAGUCGCGCAACUUCACACCCACCCCACAGCCUCACCCACCACGCCCUUACAAUAAACCGCUAUUCGAAAAACUUGGUUUUGUUUUGCUCAAGUAUUUUGUCUACAUCUUAUUUCAAUCUGGUAUUCCGUACGUGAUAACGGUCAAAGUACACCCCAUGUAUGGGGUCAAAAAUUCAACUAAUUCCACCGGGGAACCAAUAUUUUCACCGGUGACACUGAGCGAUGAGUGGCCUAAGGUUGGAAGGUUGAUUUUCGUGGUCACUUUAUGCACUUUGGGCACCACUCUAAAUGGUUUCUUUGUUGCUUCUUUCUUUGUGGAGAGCAGUCUUCGGAAAAUUGGCCUCGUCUUUCUUGCUUGUGUUGGAAUGGCUGAUAUGCUGAUUACCAGCGGUGCGAUGGCUGUAUCCUCUGUUAUCUUGCUCGCGGGCGAAUGGGACAACCUUUAUGUAUGCAGCUCCGUGCAUUUUCUUGGAAUCACAUCUACUUAUUGCUUCAGUAUGCUCUUUAUGUUUGUGGCCCUGGAGGACUAUAUGAGGUUAUGUUGCUCAACCAUGGUUUACAAUCUCAUUAUUAAAUGCAACGCUAGCGCAAUUUGCGUGACAAUCUUUAUCCUCAGCUUUUCACUCGCUGGCAUUGGCGUUUACAUGAACCUCGACUACGAUUACUGCGCGCGCGCCCACUACGGAAACCGUUACUUUAGGGCUGUCUCCGGUAUCAUCUUCCACGCUGCACCCUCUGUUCUGACUACCUUCUGUCUCAUCUCUUCCUAUCUUUGGAUCAAACGCCGCGCUUUGAAACAAGUGAACUAUAGGCGUUCUUAUGCCUACGGUCGCGAUUACUCAUACGCCGUUUUGAAUAUCGUAUCCUAUCUCGUAUUCAUCUUCGCCUGGCUUCCGUAUUUGAUUACUCUACUGGAUAUAGCUUACGCAAGUAACUCUAAAUACUACUAUAGCGUCUGGUUCGGUCAGGGUCGCGCUGCGUUCACCAGUUUCAUGUACCCAAUAUUGAAUAGGAACUUUCGCCGGGCUUUCGCACACCUAUUCAACUAUUGCUGCUGUAAAAGCAACCUGUCCGCGCCCUUGGCUAAUCGACACCGAAGGGAAUAUUCUAGACCUUUGGCUACGAGAGUCCGAGUACUACACCCAAACAUGUUCAUAGCCCGAAGUGCUCAACUGCGUACUUACCAACCACGGGUUUCGACUCACGAAUUGUAA